AUGCAAAUUUGUUUCUUUCGGAACAAACCUGAACUACCACACUUGUGUGUUGAAGACCAGAUCUUAGAAUGUGUAUGGUCGCACAAGGUUCUUGGAUUGAUUAUCCAGGAUGACCUUAAGUGGAACGAACAUAUUUCGGUGAUUGUUACCAAAGCAUCCAAGCGACUGCAUAUCCUACGUGUCCUACGACGGGGAGGGAUUCCACCGCACGACCUUAUCACAAUUUAUUAUGCAUUGAUUAGGUCUACAUUAGAAUAUUGUUGUACAGUAUGGCAUUGUGGUCUACCUAUGUAUCUGUCUGAACAAGUCGAGAAAAUUCAAAAACGUGCACUGAGGAUUAUACUGCCAGGUCGAUCCUACGGUGAAGCGCAAGAAAUGUUGCAGUGUCCUAGGCUGGAUAUACGUCGAGGUGAACUUUGCGAAAAGACGAUGAAAAAUAUUGCAUUGGGCAGUCGUCUUUCUUUCCAUCUAACUCUCACCAGUGAGAACGAACAUGUGUAUAAUUUAAGGAAUUUUAAACAAUUCGCUUCUUUUAAAUGUAGAACUGAUAGAUUUGGUAAUAGUUUUUUCCCUAGCAUGAUUAGUGUUUUAAACAAAUAAUUGUUCUUAGUUAUAAGUUCUUAUUUAAUAAUCUAAUGAUACAUUGUAAUAUAGUUACUUUUAGUAUUGUAAUUCCCAUUCAAAUCAAUUGUAAAACACAUUGUAAUUCAUUUUCAUGCGAUGAUGUGUUAUUAAAAUACCAUUAUUAUUAUUAUUAUUAUUAUUAUUAUAUAUUUUGACACGCUUAAUUUUAUCUAACGAUGUUCAUCCAAAUCCAGGUUCUCAGUUUGGGUCACGAACAAAUAAUUUCACAUUUGGUCAUUUAAAUGCUCGUAGUAAACAAUGAAGAUAAACUUGAUGAAAUUUCUGGGCUAAUUGAAGAUCACAACGUUGAUAUUUUCGCGGUCUCCGAGACAUGGUUAAAUUCCCAAAUUCCACAAAGUGCAGUUGCCAUACCAGGUUACCGUUCUCCACUAAGACGUGACAGAUCAUUAAAUCAACGAGUCGGUGGUGUUGCAUUAUAUUGUUCUGACUCAAUUGUCGUAAAUAGAAGGAUGGAUUUGGAAUUGGAUUGCAUUGAAAAUUUAUGGGCUGGUUUUAAGUUAAAACAUGAAUAUUUCUUAUGUGCGAUAUGUUACAGACCACCAAAUAACAGGAGUGAAGUGGUUGAACAAUUCUUUAGAAAUCUUUAAGUUUCUUUAGAUCGCAUUAUUAUGCUUAAUCCACAUUGUACCAUAGUAAUCUUAGGUGAUCUUAAUAUUAAUGUUAGUCAAAAUGAAAAUAGCGACUUGUAUGCAAAAUUGUAUAAUUUUAUGGCAGGUAAUGGUCUGGUGCAGCUGAUCAACGAACCAACACGCGUAACUAAUCAUAGCUCUGCUACUUUGGAUCUUAUUAUAACAAAUUCGCCUGGGGAUUUUGUGACUUCAGGUAUUUUAAGCCCUCCUUCCAAUUGCGAUCAUUCAUUUAUAUUUGGUAAAAUUGCUGUAACACAGCGUAAGGCAAAAAGUUUCCGUAGAGAGAUUAGACGUUUUUCCAAUGUUCAUAUUCGUAGUUUAAAUGAGGCACUCAAAAAUAAUUGUAUGGACGAUCAACUUGCGGAAACUACUAUAAUCAUUGAUAUAAAUGAGAUAUACAACAAAUGGUUUGAUGGAUUUUAUAGCGUUUUAGAUCAAUACUUUCCUCAACAAGUAGUUACUAUUAGACCUAAUGAUAAACCGUGGAUGAAUUCGAAGGUACGUCUAGCGAUACGCAAGCGAGAUCGCUUAUUACGUAAGCAUAACAGGACUAAAACUGUAUUAUCAUGGCAAAAUUACAAGCGCCAGCGUAACCGGACAACAGCAAUAAUUCGAUGUGCUAAAGCUUCGUUUCAUGAAAAAUCUAAUGAUUGGCUUUGUGAUCCUCACGGCGGUCCAAAACAAUGGUGGAGUAUAUCUCGUAAAUUGUGUGUCAAGAUGAUCUCAAAUAUCCCAGCACUUAAGGAAAAUGGAAUCGCUAUUGAGAAUCCAGUACACAAAGCCCAGAUUUUUGGCGAUCAUUUUAGUCAAACACAACUAUAUGAUAACACUACUGAAUUACCACAUUUAGUCAGCUUCCCAAGUGACAAACGUAUUGGCUUAAUUUUUGUGUCAUAUUCAGAAGUAUUAUCCAUUUUCAAAAAUAUUAAUGUGUCGAAAGCCAGUGGUCACGAUGGUAUUGGGAACAAAGUUAUUAAGGUGUGUGCCGAAGGCUUAUACGAAAGUUUUACUAAUUUCAUUAAUUUAAUGUUUUCAUCAGGCCAAUUUCCACAAUCAUGGAAACUGGCAAACGUAAUUCCCUUAUUUAAAAAAGGUAAUCGUUAAUUUAAGGUUAACUAUCGUCCUAUCUCGCUACUAUCCUCUCUUUAAAAAUUGCCGAAAGAGUAGUGUUUACUCCUUUAUACAGUUUUUUGGCUAAUAUUGGCUUUUUUUUCUACAAUCUGGUUUUCGACCAGGCCAUUCCACUAUUAAUCAGUUAACGUAUUUGGUUCAUAAAAUCCACCAGGCCUUGGAUGAUGGUAAAGAAGUAAGGGUGGUGUUUUUGGACGUUAGUAAGGCUUUCGAUCGAGUUUGGCAUACUGGUUUGCUUUUUAAAUUACAAAAGUUAGGUGUUCAAGACCCUUUAUUAAGUUGGAUAAAAAACUAUUUAUGUGACCGAAAACAAAGAGUGGUUAUGGAAGGACAAAGUUGGGAAUGGAAAUCAAUUAAUUCCGGUGUCCCGCAGGGAUCGGUGUUAGGACCGUUAUUGUUUCUAGUUUAUAUUAAUGAUAUUACAGAGGGUCGUGAAUCAAUCCCGUUGUUAUUUGCAGACGACACUGCAUUGUUAGAGAUCGUUGAUUCUCCAGACAAAUCGGCAUUUACUUUGAACAAUGAUCUAGAAAAAAUUUCAAAUUGGUCACAAAAAUGUCACUAUGAACCCUUCAAAAUGCGAAGCUAUUGUCUUUUCAGCUAA